AUGUCGUCUGUCAAAAAAAGGAAAUGGAAUGCUCCAGGAAAACCUCUUCUGGAAGCCUCCUACAAAGUUUCGUACAUGAUUGCCAGAGAAAAGAAGCCCCACAUAAUAGGGGAGACCCUCGUAAAACCUUGUGCGCUGGAAAUGGCAAAAAUUGUGCUGGGAGAGGAGGCCGCGAAGCAACUAAGUCAGGUCUCCUUGUCGAACGGCACUGUACGCCAGAGAAUUAAAGACAUGAGUGAAGACAUAACAGCCCAAGUUGUCAACGAGAUUAAACAAAGUCCUGCAAAAAUCAGCAUGCAGAUCGAUGAAUCAACGGACGUGGCAAACCACAAGGUACGUUGGCUGAGUCGUGGCAGUGUUUUCACACAUGUAGUGGAACUUCGCGAUGAAAUUCUCGAAUUUCUGAAGCAUCAACACUCACCUCUAGCAAAUAAUUUUGAAGAUGAGCAGUUUAUUGUUAGCCUGGGUUAUUUGGCUGAUAUUUUCAGUCUUCUCAAUGAUCUGAACACAUCAAUGCAGGGAAGGGAUGUGGACAUCAUUCAAGCCAGAGGAAAAGUUGUUGCAUUCACAAGGAAAUUACCUAUCUGGAGUCGCCGCGUUGAAAGCGGAAACCUGGCAAACUUUCCAAUCCUUGACAAUAUCCUUAUUAGAGAUGGUAAAAAACUAUCUGUAGAAAUAAUUCAAGAAGUCAAGAAUCAUUUGGAAGUUCUAAGUACAAAUUUUGAGGGUUACUUUUCAGAUAUUGAUGAUCUUACCAUGGAAUCGAGUUGGAUACUAAAUCCUUUCUCAUUUGAUAUAUCAAGAAUGAGUGAUAACGAUUUAUCAAAGGAUGAUUUCAUUGAAUUCCAAGAGAACCCAAGAAAAAAAGCUGAUUUCGAAAGGGCUGGGAUGGAUGUCAAGCAGUUUUGGUGUGAACAAAUCUCUGCUUACCCAAGUUUGGCAAUUAGGGCAAUGCAUGUUUUGGUUCCCUUCACAACUACGUAUCUCUGUGAAACAGGCUUCUCUGCAUUAUUAAAUAUGAAAUCAAAGUGGAGAAAUCGACUUGAUGUGUCAGAUGACAUGCGAAUAGCUUUGUCAGUAACUGUACCACGAUUCCAUGCUUUGAUAGCACAAAAACAACAGCAAAUAUCUCACUAG